AUGGUGCGCAAAUCAAAACGCAAGUCUGAAGGAGAUUUACCGAAUUCGAGGUUGAAGGCGAGAAAGAGUGGUGAAUAUAGAAGUGGAUUGGAGGGCGAGGAGCGAGAGGAGGGGUUUGAUGCGGUUGCGGAUUGGGUUGAUAGGAAGGGGGUGAGGAGGGAUGGUAGGGAGAAAAAGGAUGUUGGUGGUGUUGCGGAUCAGGUUGAUAAGAAGAGUUUGAGGAGAGAUGGGAAGGAGAAGAAGAAGGAGAAGAAAAGGGGAAGAAUGUCGGAGCCUGCGAGGAUUGGGGGAAGGGAAUUGGGAGAGAGGGAAGAUGAUGAUGAGGAUGAGGAUGAUGGGGAUGGGGAUGAGGAUGAGGAUGAGGAUUCGGGACAAGAGGCUAGCAAUGAGUUUCUGGAGCUCGACAAUCUUGAGAGGAAGAAAAAGAAGAGCGCCGAGAGAGCGAAAGCGCAGUUUAUGGAGAAGUUUAUUGGGGCCGUGGAGAGAGAUGUGAAAGACUUCAAGGAAUCGGCGGCAGAGUUGGAGAGAGAAGCUUCGGUUGAAAAUAAGGACUUCCUGGAAGGCUUUCAUGCUGCUUAUUCUUUGUCGGCACCAUUCAAAACUGUCUCUUAUGAUUUUUCUUUAAAUCAUAAAAAAGGUCGAAUCAUGAUUACACGGGCGUUGGAGUUGAGUUCGCAAUUUGAUAACCUGACAAGGAAGGAUAUCGCAAAAGAGUUGGCAGGAUUAUUUGGUAACGAGUGGAGCAAAGAGGAUGGAGAGAUUGCUACGAUGCUUGAACUGGGGAAAAUGGUUGGGCUGAAUAAAUUUGAGUGUAUUGUGAAUGCUUCAAAGCCGGAGAUCUUGGAGACAGAGGCACUUGAAGUUUCGAAGAAAUUCUACCCAGCUGUUGAAGAGGAAAGUAGUACUGGCUGGGGCAAAGAGGCGAGGAAACAUGAGAGGGCUCAUAAGAAAUUGCUCAAGGCUUUUGAAAGCAGGAGUUGA